GGAAACGAAUGGCGGCGUAAAUUUAAAGUAGUCCGCAUAGGAUCAACAUACCUUCACAGACAGCCACAAGCGGGGCAGUAUAAAAAGGCAUACCAGCAGCUAUUGAAGUUAUUCGCAAGUGAAGUGAAGAAGGUGCCGGUCAACCGAUCAUUAUCUUAUCAUUAUCUUCAAGAUCGAGUCGUUACUUUCAUACGGCCUUUUACCAGAGUUCAGAAACCAUGAGUGUGCUCCGAUCUUGCUUGCCUUGCCGAUCGGCAAAGACCAAGUGCGACCUCGUCCGUCCCACAUGCGGACGAUGCAGCAAGCGAGGAACUACCUGUUCAGGCUUCCCUCCCGACGAAGGCUUCAUUUUUCGGGACGAAAACGAAGAAGCGCAGCGGAACUCUGCGCGCGCAAGGGGGGAGAAGAGAUACCUGGGCGGUCUGCAGGCUGCUUUCUCAUGGGAAUUGCAAACAAGCCCCUACAACCCAAGGACAACAGAUGACGCAGCAAUCAUCUACCAGCAAUACCCCUGGCCCAAUGCCUCAGCCCUGUCCUCCAUUGUCCCUCCCUCUCUGCAACUCGACCUCGACACUUGUGCCCUGGACCGCUUCUUCGUUAACUGGACUUUGCACCCGUGUAACCACGGCGUGUCCCCGGGCCAUAUGGACCAGCUUCCGCGGUUGUACCUCAGCGCUGCCCCCGGAUCGGUCUUAUGGCACGCUAUCCGGGCAGUGGCCUUUGCCGACAUGAGGUAUCGAACUAUAUCGGCUCGGGGCGAGACGCCAUUUCAUAUCCGGGCAUGGCAGCAAUAUGGCGAGGCGCUCAAGGCGAUGAGGGCGUUAGCAUUGGGGGUGAACGAGGGGGUUGCGGAUGAUAGUUGUUUGGCGGCCAUAUUGCUCAUUGAUAACUUUGAGCUCAUGUACCUAGCCCGCAAUGGACCCCUAGGACCCCACAGCGACGCCAUCCGGUACAUCCUCCACACCCGAGGCGAUAGCCAACUCCUUGACCGGUCCGGCUUCGCCCUCUGGCGCAUAGCCCACCACCGGCUCCAAAGCCGCCAACUGCUCCUCCGCGAGGAGCCCGAUGCGGAGCAGACAGCUGCGGCGGCUAAUAAAUUGCUGGAUGAGAGUAACAUGCACAGGAAAGAUGGCAUGAUGCCGUUGUUUCCGGAUGCGGUACUACAGCGGGCGAAACUGUUGGUUAGUUCGAUUCGGGAGCUGAAUGCGUCGGUGGAUAGUUGGGCAGCCAAAUUGACGGGGGUUUGGAAACCCGAGGUCAAAGACCCGCGGAGCAUCCCCAUCUCUCAAGUAGAAGAAGGAGGUUUCCCCGUGCCUCGGUUCCCCUGUCCACGGUUCCUCAGCUACCACGAUAUCUGCCUGGCCUAUUUGUGGAACCCGCACGCCGCCAGCCAACUAGUAUUACGAGAGUCACUGGUUGACGUCAUCCGAUACAUUUCCUCCCUGGGCCCGUUGGAAGAGGGCGAUGAAGCGGAAGCCGAGACUUUUAUCGAGGAAGAGAAGGCGGCCGUGGAGUGGCUCUCGUCCGUUAUCAUUCGGUCCUUGCCGCCACUUUUGGGGUUCACACACAGGCAGGAAGGGCGUAGGCCGCACUCAUUUACCCAGGGAAAGAUGGCGGGGAGGUUGUUCUCGCUGUUUUCUAUGUGGGUCGUGGAGAGGGCACAGUUCACGUCGGUGUUGCAUAAGCAGACGGCUAGGGAGGUGACGGCGUGGAUUAAUUCGUCUCAUCGGUUGCUUUAGGGGGUUGAGGCGUCAUCGUACGUGGGAAUGGAAACUUGGAGACG